AUGGCGGCCCGCCUCCUUUGCCCUAGGAACCCACGUAUAAAGACCCUUCUUCUUUUCUCUUCCUACCCAUGCUUCAAUCCACCCUCUUUAGGGCUUUUCUCCACCCUCGCCGGAAAAUGCAAACACAGCCACUUCACACCGGCGGCGGACCGGCCACCGGCGGCCAAGAAGGCGUCUUUCACGUCCACCGCUCACGGGGUGAUGUGGCAGGACCCGUACCGUUGGAUGUCCGACGUCAACGACCCGGAUUUCAUCAGCUACGUCAGACAAGAAAACACCUACGCCGAGGCGUUCAUGAGGGAUACCCAAGAAUUGCAGAAGGUUCUUUAUUCUGAGAUGGUUUCCAGAAUACCCUCCAAGAUUAUAACCCCGCCUGAACGUUGGGGACCCUGGUUAUACUACCAGUUAAUUCCGGAGGGGAAAGAGUAUCCUGUUUUAUGCAGGAAACCGGCAGCCGAAAUGAAAGGUUGGGUAAACGCUCUAUUCAAUUACUUCAGUCGAGCAUUGGAGGGGGAACAAGUUUUGCUCGACUGGAACGACAUUGCAGAAAAACAUGGAUAUGUACAUGUGGGCACAUGCAGGGUAUCACCAGACCACAGAUUUCUUGCAUAUACACUCGACACCAAAGGGAAUGAACAAUUUCAUCUUCAAAUUAAGGACCUUACCAACAACUCCAUUUUGCACCAACACGAAGUCGAGGGUGUUGUUAGCUUGGCUUGGGCUCAAGAUGGCUGUACACUUUUCUAUACUUCAUGUGACCAAAAUCAACGGCCUUACAGGCAAUUCUAUAACUUUCUGCUGGGGUCACAGUCUGAGGAUGACGCCAUAAUAUUUACAGAGGAAGAUUCGCGCUUUUGCGUGGAUAUCACGAGUACGAAAGAUGGAAAAUUUAUUACAGUGAAUUCCAAUUCAUGGACUUCGUCUGAGGAAGGAACUUACUUUUUCAAUGCUGCCAAUCCACAAAUUGGUCUACAAAGGUUUUGUAAGCGUGUAUCGGGAGUUCAGUACUUUUUGGAACAUCAUUCUGGAUACUUUUAUGCACUUACUAAUGCUGAUAAAAGCAACAUUAAGAAGUUUUCGGGAAAUGGUUAUUAUUUAACCAGAUGCCAAGAUGGCAAUCCACAAGCAGCUAAUUUGAAGAAUAUCAUCAUGCCUGGCGAAGAUAUUUGCUUGGAAGAUAUGGAUAUUUUUCACAAUCACCUGGUCCUAUUACUUAACAGAAAGGGCACCCCUUCAAUAUGUUCCAUCAACAUGCCUAUAGAUUUCGAAUGUGAGAAAGAAAUGGAGAUCGAUGAUCUCGAUCCUUGGUAUUUUCCUCUACCCUCAGACAUGUAUACAGUCAUCACGCCAGGUUCAAAUCACGAUUUCAUGACCACCAAAUACCGUGCUGUCCUCUCCUCACCAGUGACACCUGAUCUCCAUGUCGACUAUGACAUGUCAAACAAAAUGUUCUCCAUCAUACAACAGGAAGGUGUUGAAAAUAUCUCAACAGGUGAUGUUGAGAAUACAACAUACGCUCGGCAUAAUAAAUGCCGUGCAUGGAAAGAUAUCUCGGGAGAAUAUGUUUGUGAGGAGAAGGAAGUGAUUUCUUGUGACGGGGUCAAAAUCCCAUUGACGAUAUUUUUCUCAAGAAGUGCUUAUCAGAAGGGUUUUUCUCCAGGGCUUCUUCAUGGGUAUGGUGCCUAUGGUGAAACUUUGCAUAGAAGCUGGUGCCCAGAUCGUUUGAGUUUGCUCGAUCGAGGCUGGAUGUUUGCUUUUGCCGACGUGAGAGGUGGUGCUGGUGCCGAUCCUUCUUGGCACGAAUCAGGUCGUGGGUUGAACAAGUUAAACUCCAUAAAUGAUUUCUUAUCAUGUGGCGAAUAUCUGAUAAAUGAGGGCUUUAUUCAUAAAAACCGGUUGUGUGCUUUGGGGAUUAGUGCUGGAUGUCUUCUUGUGGGGGCUUCCAUCAAUAUGAAUCCGAUUUUGUUUCGUGCUGCCAUUUUGAAGGUACCGUUUCUUGAUGUGCUCAACACACUAUUGGAUUCGAGUUUACCUCUCACCAUAUCGGAUUACGAAGAAUUCGGAAAUCCUCAGAAUGAGUUGUUCUUCAACUACAUUCGAAAGUACUCUCCUUAUGAUAACAUUCCACAGGGAGUUUGCUUUCCUUCAAUGCUUGUCUCCGCAUCGUUCAAUGAUUCCCGUGUUGGGAUCUGGGAAGCUGCUAAAUGGGUUGCCAAGAUUCGAGACACGACAUGCUCAAGAUGUUCGUCUGCCGUCAUCUUGCAGACAAAUCUAAACGGAGGGCAUUUUGGGGAAGAUGAAGACACUCGGGAGUUUGAGCGUCACGACUUUGAGAUAGUCCUGCAAGAAUUGCCAUUGGAUUUGGGAAAACUUGUUUCAUUGCGAAUAUUGAGGCUGUCCGCGUGUCCGACGAACCUGAAGAGGCUCCCUUCGGGAGUGGGGAGCCUCGUUUGGCUCAAGUAUUUGGUUGUGUCUCAGUGUGUGAGCUUGAGUUGUCUGCCGGAGGAGGUGGGUCGGUGCCGGAGUCUGGUUUGUGAUGAGGAGCUAUGGUUGCUUUGGACGGACGUCGAGAAGGGCUGUCAGGGGAUUUGUCAGGAGAAGCUGAUAAGGAAUCGAGCAGCCGUUCGAGCUCGGAAAACUCGUUUUUGUGAAUAUGCGGCACGGACAGCCAUGGCGGUGGCCUUAAUUUGGACGUUAACAAUUCAGGCGAUGCACUUGUCCAAGGCUUGGCAACCGGCAGUGGCGAGGGACUAUGAGAGCAAUGGAUAUUUAUAUGUUUCAUCCAAUGGAGGACUCAAUCAAAUGCGAUCUGGAAUUUGUGACAUGGUAGCCAUUGCAAGAUACAUGAAUGCCACUCUUGUAGUUCCUCAGCUGGAUACUAAAUCUUUCUGGAAAGAUCAAAGUCAAUUCGAGGAUAUAUUCAACGUCGAUCAUUUCAUCAACUCAUUGAGGGAUGAGGUCAGAAUUGUAAAACAACUUCCACCAGAUAUGCAGAGAGAGGUGAAAAUGAACAGACAUAUUUCCAUGCAACCUAUUAGCUGGUCCAACAUUUCAUACUACACAGACAAGGUGUUUGUCCUUCAUGGAAGUCUGAAGACCCACAAGAUCCUGCAUUUUCAGAAAACCGACUCUAGGCUGGAAAAUAACAGUCCUGUGGAAGUUCAAAAGGUUCGUUGCAAGGCGAGUUACGAGGCCCUGAAGUUCAAGGCUCCAAUCGAGAAGAUGGGAAAGAAAAUCGUGAAAAUGAUGAGACAGAAUGGUAAAUUCCUAGUCCUUCAUCUUAGGUACGAAAUGGAUAUGUUGGCCUUCACAGGUUGUAAUCGAGGAUGCACCGAUGAAGAAGCAAAGGAGCUGGAAGGACUAAGAUAUUCAAUUCCAUGGUGGAGGAAGAAGAAAAUAAAUUCGACCACAACAAGAUUAGCCGGAUCGUGUCCCUUGACACCCGAGGAAACUGCAUUGACCCUUCAAGCAAUUGGGGUUGACCGGGAAAUGCAGAUUUACAUUGCCUCAGGUGACAUAUACGGAGGAGAAAAGCGAUUGGCUCCACUGAGAGCAGCCUAUCCAAAUUUGGUGAAGAAGGAGACAUUGUUGCCUCCAUCUGAGCUUUUGCCUUUCAAGAAGUAUGCAAGCCAAAUGGCUGCACUUGAUUACAUAGUGUCACUAGAGAGUGACAUUUUUUUGCCGACUUAUGGAGGUAAUAUGGCGAGACUAGUAGAAGGCCAUCGCAGGUACCUAGGUUUCAGGCCGACCAUACAACCGGAUCAGAAGACAUUAGUUCAUCUGAUCGACAAAUACGAGGAAAAUCAGAACUGGCAAGAGUUCGAGCAAAGAGUGAAGAGAGCUCAUGAAAAUCGAUAUGGGAAUCCGACAAAAAGAAGGGUCAUACCUGGAAAACCCAAAGAGGAGGACAAUUUUUGGUCUAAUCCUGAAGAGUGCUUAAUUAAGACUGAUAAAAUAGAAAAAUCGGGAUGUCCAAUGUGGAAAUAG